AUGAAUCGCCAAAUUUUUCUAAUAACUUUUUUUUCAAUUUUACUUGCAUUAACUAUUAUUGCUGAUGCUCGAUGGAACAACAUGUUUUAUAAUUUUGUAGUUCUAGCAAAUCAAUUUCCUAUAUCUAAUGCUACUACCCCGCAAGAAUGCUGCAACGCAUGUGUUAACAAUCCCAGCUGCCUUCAAUGGGGUAUGGAUGGCCGUGGAAAUUGUUUUAACUAUAUGGACACAACUAAUUUGCCUUCUAUUUGUGAAAGCACGACAACCCCAGAAGUUAAUAGUGGAAAUAUUCGUUGUGGUGGUAACCAGUGUCAGACUAGCUAG